GCAAGAAAACUCUUGCUAAAAUAGUGUGAAAAGCUCAUGCGGUGCUGGCACGCCGCUAGCCAUAUAACAGUACUCUGGACCAUAAUGUGGAAUGUAUUUGUGGUGGUCAGUUUUGAGUUUUGUUUCUUGUCCUGCUUCAACCGGAGUGCAAUAAAGCGUAUUCAUAAAUUUAAAUUGUGAAAUUUCAGAAAAGGCACUUGAAUUUUAUUUGACUCCUAACGAAAUAUCUUCCGAUAUAUAUAAUUAAUGAAACUAAAAUAAAUUUUUAUCAGUAUUAAUAAAAUUUUAGUUUUUAAAGAAUAAAACUCACACAUAUAAUAUAUAUAUAUAUAUUAUUUUAAAGUUAGGUUCUACUAUCUCUGAAAUGAAAGAGCUAAUUUUCAAUAAAUGAAAAUUAUCUUAUAUUAAAAGUUUUUAAGGAAGUAGGUCACUGGAUUGGAAACUGACAGAACUGUAAAAGUUAACGUUUGUGACUUGAGUAAAACUUGGAAGUUUAGCACUUUGUGUAUAAAACUACACGUUUCCUACAAAGAAAGACGAUUUGACUACUAUAUAAAAAACCAGCUGAAACCAGAGAAAUGAAGACAAUUUUCAGGACUUACUCAAAUCUGAAUAGGUGAUUCAAAUUGAAUAGGUAAAAACAAGUUUCGUAUUUCAAAGAAGGAUUCGCACAUACAUCAAUGAUGAAGACAGAAAAUAUUAUAAUAUUGGUGGUCACGGUGGAAGUAUUAGUAGAAUCAGCAGCAUGGUCUUUCAGUAACAUAAUGAUGUCCGGCUCUAAUGCGAAUCAUAUAUUCUCAGAGAGUAUUGCUAUAGGCGCUCAAAGAGGAAUGGAAGAAUGCCAGCAUCAGUUCCAGUGGGAGCGAUGGGAUUGCCCAAAAUCUAGUUUUAACUUAUUUUCCAAAUCUACAGCUCAUCCAGCUACUCGAGAAAUGGCAUUCCUCCAUGCUAUCGUUAGUGCGGCUAUCGUCAUCACUCUCACACGGAACUGCAGCUUGGGACAUUUUGAUAUAUGCGGCUGUGACGAUAGUAAAAUAGGUGCUGUUGGUCAUGAAGGAUGGACAUGGGGUGGCUGCAGUGACAAUGUGAUGAUUGGAAACAAGUGGGCUAAGCAUUUUCUCGACGCUAAAGAACUAGGAAGAGAUGCUACAGCUUUAAUAAAUUUACACAACAAUAAAGUAGGACGAACAAUUGUUAGGAAGACUAUGCGUAGGACGUGCAAGUGUCAUGGUGUGUCUGGAAGCUGUUCUACACAAACAUGUUGGAUGAGAAUGGAAGAGCUGCGUCAUGUCGGCAACUAUCUUAAAGAAGCUUACAAGAAAGCCAAGCGUGUCGAAUACAAUGAUCAUGGUUCCUUGCUGCCCACCAAACAGCGCAGAAUGCGCAAUAGGAACUCUAUAACCUCCACGCCCACGUUAAAGGCUCCUCGCCACCGCCUAAUCUAUAUGGAAUCUUCUCCAGAUUAUUGUGAGGCCAAUCUGACAGCUGGUAUUAAAGGCACCAGAGGCCGACAAUGUUCUCGAAGGAAAGGAAAUGAUGUUUCUCUUUCUGAACAGCAAAGCUGCAGGACUUUAUGUCGUGAAUGCGGAUACAGAGUCCGCAAGAAAACUAAAAAAAUGACAGUUAAUUGUAGAUGUAAGUUCAAUUGGUGCUGCAAUGUUCAGUGUCGAAUUUGCAAAACUAAAAUAAAUCGACACAUUUGCUACUAAACUUACAUUUCAUCGUAUAGUGCUCCUGUAGACCAGGAUCACCAGAGAAAGACAGUACCGAUUCACAAAUUUAUCGGUGCAAAAAGGAUUUAAUAAAUUUUUAGUUUAUUUAAUUUUUAAUUAUGAGAACAUUUGAUAAAUCGCCAAAAUAUGUGAUAAUUUCAUCAAAGAUUCUCUAUUUAUGAUCAAAUAAAUGGAUAGUUAUUGAAUUGAAAAAGACUGAAUUUUAAAAACAAAAUAGAAACGAAAUCUCUUUCUACUUAUACAGAUUGGCUAUUCCUUACCUGUAUAUAAUUCGUAUUGUUCACUGCUAUAUUUAAAGACAUUUUAUAACAAUCUUAAGAUAUUCAUAUUGCCUCGUGUGUCAUGUUAAAGUGCUAAUAUUAGGCAAGAACUGCACUUGGUUUAUAAAAGGUCUUACGGAGCAUUUGUUCAAAAGUAAGACACAACGGAUUGUCUUAGAAUUCAUAUAAGGAAGGUCUUUUUGAAAUCAUUUGAAGAUAAUCGGAAAGAUAUGAAGUAAUCUCCUGGAAAAUAUUUGGAACAUGCCUUACUAAUCGCAAGUCUUCGUUGCAGAUCGCAAGUUUCCUUUGAAGACUUUGUCACGAAAUCAAAUGUUGAACUCUUUGUCAUGAACUCUUUGAACGAAUACUCAAUUCUUUAUCACGAGAUUAAAUGUUGGAGACUUUCACUGCAUAUAGAGAAAGAAUCUACAAGUCUUGUACACUAACAGGAAUAAUUAUGUGUAUUUAUCAGAUAAGAUUUAUUACCAGCUUUCAGAGAUAUACAAUUUUAUGUGCAACAGACCUCUUUUAAAUACGAAAAUUACUUUUAAUUUCAAGUAAGCUGCCCAAACCGUGUAGAGGUUAGAGGAGCUUACUGCAGUACCGAAGCCCCGGCUUUGAAUCUCGGAGAAGGCAUGGCUUUGUUUGUCUAUCACUUCAUAGGAGGUGACGGUGGCCCAUCUAAUUAGGUGCUUCCAUAAUAAAAUGGCCACCACUUAGUACAGGCCAGUAAGUGCCUGCCAGUGGAGGAAAAAAAUAUUUCAAUUAAUUUAUUUAUUUCAGUUUAAAACAUUUAAAAAUUAUCCUCAAAAUUCUGAAGAUUUCCUGGAUGUAAGAGUUUUGUUUUCAUCUUAGCCUUCUGGAAUUAUCCAAGAACAUAGUAUAAGGAACCUUUUCAGUGAGAUUCUGAAUUAGUUUUUCAUUCAUUACUAUGUUUUUAUUUAUUUAUUUGUUUACAUUUUAAGGAUUUUGAAAAAGACAAAUACCUGCAAAUGUCAUAAUUAUGUUUUACAUUCUUUGUAAGAGGUGAUCGUGAUAUUUGAUGCAUUAAAUUGUGGCUUAUUUAUUUUAUAUAAUGAAGACUUUUUAUGAGAAACAUUUAAUUUAAAAUCUUAAAUAAAACAAUUGUUUAAAAAUCGGUUUACAUGCAGUGCAAUUAUGAAAACAGGACACUGAGUUUCUCGUUUUGUUCUAAAUUUUCAUUAUAUUAAAAGGUUUAAUUCAUCUUAAAAAUAAUAAAAAAUUAGAAUGGAAAAUAUUUUUAAUUUUUCCGAAAUGCUAAUUUGGACAUUUAAUUUUAAAAAAUCUG